GCAAUCAGCCCACCGCCCAUUGGCCAGUCAACCUUUCAAUCUUCUGACGUGCGCAACCAAAACAUUAGCCGUACCCGUAACAGCUGCAGAGCACAAAAAGAAACAUAAUUACUCGGGAUGAAAGAUGCCUCGCCACCGGUCUGCUGCAGCUGUGUAGAAUCAGCAAUUUCCUUAAAAUAUUAGGAAGUGCGAAGUGUUACAGGACAGCGAUCAUAUGUGUUGAGUCAUGCCAAACUACAAAAUUGGUAAAAGAGGAGCUCUAUCAGUCAUCCGAUCCUCCUUACCUAAAAAGAUAAAAAAAAUCGCACCAGCAAGUCAUGAAAUCGAUCAUGCCUAUGGCCACUCUUCACCUAAUUGUGCUCUCAUACAGCUGCUAGCCAACUACUGUGAUGUGAAACUGGAAAGCAAUGAGACUUAUGCAGCUGACGCUUCUCCACUCUGUGAUUCUGUUCCUAUAAAUAAUGAUUGCUCAGAAGGGUUCGAUACGUGCAUGUCAUCCGUGUCAUCUGAUUCAGAAAAGGUGAAAGUGGAGCCAGGGAUCGAAUGGCAACUGAAAGAAAAAGAAAAGGCCAUAAUUAUCAAGUGUGGAGAAGACUUAGAUUUAUCACCCUCGAAAAUAUCUUCAAUAGCUUCGGAAAUCAUGCAACCCCUAGAUGACAAAAGCCUGCCCUUGAUAUCUGUAAAAAAUUAUAAGUGCGAUGAAGAGGAGUAUGCCCUGCCUGAUGAAGAUAGUGCUAGUGUGGAAGGAAACGAAAACCAAGAUGAUAAUGACAUUGUGUUGAACGUUGAGUACAAGACAGAGCAGAAUGUCCACACCUCAUACAAGUUUUUUAAGUGCUCCGAUUGUGAUCACAUUUUUCCAUCUCACAAGAAACUAGUGGAGCACGUGCAGGGCAACACUUCAAACCCAAGUCUGAAAGUCCUGUAUAAACAGAAAUGCGGUUUUUUCUGUGAGAUUUGUAAAAUGCGCCUGCUGAAUCAGAAAACACUGCUCUUGCAUAAGGUCCAAAAACACAGCACACUCUUUCAAACAAUUGUCCCGGUUAAAAAAGAGGAGACGGCGGUGCCAUGCGGCAUGAUUUGCAAAAUUUGCUCUAAACAAUUUAACUCGCAGGCGGAAAUGGACAGCCACAUGAAAGCUCACGAAAAUUUCAUGCCCUUUGAAUGUCGGAAGUGCUAUAAACGGUUUAAGUUUCAACUUGAGAUGAAAGAUCAUAAUAUGGAGAUCCAUGAGGUGGCAAAAGAUUUGCGUGGCUGGUACAUGUGCAAAUUGUGUGAUGCGACUUUCAAGAAAUUGAUUGAUUACAAGUCUCACACAAGUCAUGAACACCGCAUUAGUUUCAAUGAACUUUAUAAUAUAACUAAGACUUGCUGACUUAGACACAUCCGUGUAAUAAUUAAUUGCUUGCGAAUUGUUGAAUUAACUUAAUAAUAAUGCUUUUGUGCAAUCAAAGAACUUUAUUUAUCUCCAGGUAUUUGUCAAAAAAGUUGUAGAGGAAAUGCGAAUCACUAUGAAUGGUAAAAAAAACUGAUAAAAAUUAUAGCCACCUUUGUAAGACACA